AUGGUCUAUCAAGGCAAGCCCUCUAGGGGCUGUCAGAUGUGCCGUACGCGCCGCAUCAAGUGUGACGAGACAAAGCCUACAUGUAAGCAGUGUGCCAAGUCUCGCCGGCAGUGCCCCGGAUACAGAGAUGAGUUCGACUUAGUGUUUCGUAACGAGACUCAGGCAACAGAGAAGAGAGCUCAGCGCGCCUCGAAAAAAGCCUUGGCCCAGAGGAUGAGCAAGUUCUCCGCUGCUUCCUCGUCAGAAUCACCCUCUCCAAACGAGACGUUCUCAGCACCCUCCUCCUUUAGCACCGCCGAGCAUCUGGCUUCACUAGCCUCGCAUGGCCGAAAGAAUCAGCAGACGCCCUGGACCGGUCUGUAUGCCCUUCUGCAGAAACCCCAGAUGGACCUGGAGGGCCAAGCGAGCUGUCAUUUCCUGUCCAACUACGUCCUCAUUCCUCGAGGGGGAAACGGCCGCGGGUUUCUCGAGUACAUUGUGCCACUGCUGAGAGCAGAAGACGUUGCUCCUCAGUUUAAAGCUGCAUUCGAUGCCUGUGCGAUGGCUAGCUUUGCCAAUUCUCAGGGCAACCAGCAUCUUGUUGAACGUGCUCUGCGCACUCAUUCCAAGGCUUUGGGGGCUAUCAACGUGGCAUUGAAUAAUCCAGACACUAUCAAGCAGGACUCUACCUUGGCGGCAAUUCUCCUGCUGGGACUUUUUGAAAACAUUACAACACGAAAUCUUGGCAUGUUGGCUUGGGGCCCUCACAUCCGGGCGGCGAUCCAGCUUGUUAGGAAACGAGGCCGCAAACAACUGCGGACCAAAAUCGGCGUGGCAUUAUUCAUAGCUGUGCGAACUCAAAUGAUUGUCCACACGCUCAGCACCGCCAAGCCCCCUCUGAUGCAAUCAGAGUGGUGGGUUAAUUCAGAUGCGAUACGAGACCCCCUUGCCUCCCAGUGCCAGAAACUCAGUCUCCGUGCGGGUGAAAUCAGAGCGGAAGUCAAUCGACUCAUGAGCCAACUGCCUCGGAACAUGGAGAGCGUCGAGGCUAUCCGAGAUAUGAUCAGGCAAUCCCAGGAGGUGGAUUUUGAGUGCGUUCGCUGGGCAGAGUCGCUGCCGGAGAAUUUCAGGUAUCGGACGAUCCUCUGGCAGGACGAUAUCCCCGAUGCAGACUAUUCUCAGCUAGAGGUGUUCCCAGGCCGCGUCGACGCUUACCCAGAUUUAUGGGUAGCCAGCCUAUGGAGCACGAUGCGAGUGUCUCGAAUCAUCUUGGCAUCUCUCGUCAUCCGAUGCGCAGCCUGGGUUUGCUCGCCGGUUGACUACCGUACGGCGCCAGAGUAUGCCACAGCGAGGAGGAUAUGCGCAGAUAGCAUUACGGAUAUAAUAGCAUCAGUACCCUAUCAGCUCGGGUGGUUUUCGACGCGCAAGCAUCUAUUCAACCAGCAAGAAAGCCUUGUUGCAUUCGCCUGCGGAGACGAGGAUAGCUCAAAAAGCCUCGCCGGAUACUUUUUGACAUGGCCAUUGGCCUGCAUCCAAGGUCAAGACUACACAACUGAUGCUCAGAGGACCUGGGCCCGGGGACGGCUCACUUACAUUGGGAGAGAGCUAGGUGUAGCCUAUGCUCUGAUGCUGACUCAGCUCAACUAUCGAACUCCUUCCAUGCUUAUCAGGAUGGACGGCUUGAUGGCCACCAACACUUCCCCCAACGUCGAGAAGCUCCUCUCCAUGAAAGUCGCGAAGCCGUCUACAAUCAUGUCCGCAAACCCUAUGCCACAGCAGUUCUUCAGACAGAACUUCCAGGGCCAGCCAACCGUACUGCUGCCGCAGCAUACAGUUAUAUCCACAUACGAUGAUACGAGUCCAGAGGGUGACUGA